AUGGUUGUUGUUGAGGGCCCUGCAUCAGAGGUUGCCACCAAAGUCUUCAAGAACAAAUACCUCUUCAAACUGAUUCUCAAACAUAUGCCAAUCUUUAGUUUGAAAGGGUCAAAGCUGACCACUGGCUGGGGCGUUGGAUGGCGUGAUGCUUUCAUACUCAUGCUCACGGCGGACUCGGGUAGUAGACAGGGCACUUGCUGGAGUUUCACAAGGAUCAAGCAUCUUUCGACAGGUUUCAUCGCUCGAUUUGGAAUCAGAAUGGGAAAGAACACAUCUACGCCCAACUAUAGUGUUAGUGCCGAUGGUAUGGCCUUUGUCAUCCAGAACUCAAAGUAUGGACCAGGCGCAUAUCAAACCGAGAGUGGUGGUGCUCAUUGUGGUUAUGGAGGCAUCGAUAACAGUAUCGCCAUCGAGUUCAACACAUACUACAACCAGGAUUGUAACGAUCCCAAUGGCAACCAUAUAUCUUUACACACCAAUGGAACUCAGCCCAACUCUGCCCAUCACGAUUACUCACUGGGUCACGCUACACCAUCAGUCCAGAUGAAUGAUUAUAGAUUACAUCAUGUGAUACUAACAUAUAAUCCACACGUAGAAGGAGGAGGAGAGAUGUCUGUGAACUUUGAUGGUGCAGACCUACUCAAAGUCAAAGUCAACAUUGCCGAAUUACUCAGACUGGAAAACAACGAUGAGGCCUAUGUUGGAUUCACCGCUGCCACUGGAUACUAUCAUCAAGAGCAUCUUGUACACUAUUGUAUCAUGCAUAGGCUGACAUAA